AUGGGUCGCGUUCGUACCAAGACUGUCAAGAGAGCCUCCAAGGUCCUCAUCGAGAAGUACUACCCUCGUCUCACCCUGGACUUCCAGACCAACAAGAAGAUCGCCUCCGAGGUUGCCAUCAUCCCCUCCAAGCGCCUCCGCAACAAGAUCGCCGGUUUCACCACCCAUUUGAUGAAGCGUAUCCAGCGUGGACCCGUCCGUGGUAUCUCCUUCAAGCUCCAGGAGGAGGAGCGCGAGCGCAAGGACAACUACAUCCCCGAGUUCUCGGCCUUGGACACUUCCGCCAUUGAGAUCGAUACCGAUACUCAGGCUUUGCUCAAGUCCUUGAACUUUGAGGACCUUGCUGGUGUCACUGCCGUCGAGGUCAAGCAGACCCCCGUUGACACCUUCCGCAAGCCCCGCGGUGACCGCAAGGAGCGUGCUUAA